AUGAACUACCGGCACAUUCUCGUCGUGCUGGUGGUGUUUCUCAUUGUGUUUGAGGGAGGUUAUUUGAUCUACUCGCAACACGGCGGGACAUCGAGCUCGGAGGGCGAACGCUCGCCCGAAGCCGACAUCCCACGCGCUCAGCUUCCGCUCAGCACCAGUCUCAAGCGCUGCAUGGAUAUUGAAACACACAUUCGCGUACUUGAAACCACGUUUGCGUCAUCUCAAGCCAUCGCUGCGGCGAUUCAUGCCGCGACUGCCCUCAAGAAGACCGAAGCCCUGACCGCGUUAGUGGCCGCCCAGCAGGCUCAACUGGAAGGCGCUUUGCAAGACGCUGGUCGCAUCAAGCUGGAGCUGCAGCAGCAGACCGCUGAAGCCGAGCAGCGGGCGACCCUGCCGGACUCCAGCCGGCCAACCCCUACCUGCCCUACCUGCCCGGUCUGCCAGACCUGCCCUACCCCGGUCUGCCAGACCUGCCCUACCUCUAUCUGCCAGACUUGCCCUACCUCUAUCUGCCAGACUUGCCCUACCUCUAUCUGCCAGACUUGCCCUACCUGCCAGACUUGCCCUACCUGCCAGAUCUGCCCCAUCUGCCCUGAUGCCGUCUCCCUAACAACACAAGACCCUUUGCUCGACCCCGAGGUACUCUACGGCACCCUAGACUCGUUGAGCGAUGACGAGGUAAAUCGCUUGGGAACGGUGACAGACCGACCUCGCGAUACUCGCUGCAGCGCACGGUACGGACGCCCAGACGUGGCAAUCGAGUCGGAAGUGCUGUGUGUCAACAGCGUCUUUUAUCCGCACGCUCGUGGUCGCAGCGGUGUUCGCACAGACUCUCGGCCACGUCCUCAUGGCGAGCCGGUCGUUCCAUCUCGUUGGGACUAUGUCGAAAGCAAGGACAGGAUGCGCGAGCGCUUUGUGGCCCGCGCACACGAACUGUCCAUCCCCAAUCCGCCAGCGCCCUUUCGAACCAUGUCGCAGAUGAUGUGCGAUCCGUUCGUCGCUCGCCCACCGCGUGUCGCGUUCAUUGUGACGGGUGCCUUCCGCGCGUUCUUUCAACCGCUCGUCCACCAGUCUUUGCGCCACUAUGUGAUGGACACCUUUGGUGGAGUGAGCACCGCCUUCUUCUUGUUGAAAGACUUUGAUGUCAGUCCCUUCUCGUCGGACGUCGUCCCACCCACCGAGGAGAAUCUGCACGCGGUGCUCAAGCAGUUUGCCAACAGCGGUAUUACCAUCGGUUCGGUACGCAUCUAUCUCCAGUCAGAAUCUGACGUCGAGGCGAUGCGGGCGGCACACCAGGCCCGCAAUGCACGAAACGAGCUUCCCAAGUAUCGCCUUGUUGUCGAGAAGACGCCACCACUGAUUUUGAGUACAAAGUGCAAAUUCGCGCCGUUUUCCUGGCUGGCCGAUCCAAUCAAUCUGCCGCGCUUUGUGGGACAGUUCACAGACAUUCACGAUUGCUACCAUAUGGCGCUAGAUUACGAACUUGAAACAAACCAAAAGUUUGACUGGUUUGUGCGGGUGCGCUCUGAUACAGUGUUCUUCAUGCCGAUCGAGCCGUUCUGUCGCUACACACGAUACGGGAUUCAUGUGCCGUGGGAGGUGGAUCAAUUCGUACUUGCGCCACGAGAGUUUGCGAGUGCCUUUUUCGACCUCAUCGACCACCGAUAUUGGAAUUGCACCUUCCCGGACGGCUUCAUUAACGAGGUGGACUCGGAGACAGUGACAAUGAACUCCUUCACAGAUCACCAACUCCAGGUGCACAUGCAUUACUCGUUCGUCUUUGGCGUAAUGCGACGCACCGGUGCUGGCACCAUGCAAGUGUUUUACGAGGCGGACGAGUACCACAGCAGUGCGCCGCCUGUCCUUGCCAGCGCCGUUGUUGAAGCUUUGCGUGCCUAUGUAUAGUUGUUAUUUUUGCUUGCCGCGCGCUCCCCUCAGUAAAAGUGCUGUGCAGCUUCCACUUUCAAUCAUUGUUGCCG